CGCCGCCACCCUAGGACCAUGCGCUUCACCGCCGACCUCGCCGUCCACGCGGCGCAAAGGAUGAACCCCCUCGGGGAGCGGGAAGUGAUCCUAAGGGGCUACAAAAUUGCCGCGAUCGAGAACACCGGCACGCUGAAGGACCAGUUCGAUGUUAUAGAUUUGAGCGACAACGAAAUCACGAGGGUGGGCAACUUCGCGCCGGCCCGACGGCUGACUACUCUGUUACUGCAUAAUAAUCGCGUCGCGACAAUUGACGAUAACUUGGGCGACCAAUUACCUUCGCUAGAAACGCUCAUGUUGUGCCACAACCGCCUCGAAAGUCUCACGCAGCUGGCGGGGUUGAGGUCGUGCGCGAAGCUCCAGCAUUUGGCUUGCGUGGGCAACCCGAUAAAACGCCUCGAGCACUACCGCUCGUUCCUCAUCGCGACGGUGCCCUCCCUGAAAACCCUGGACUUCAAGAAGAUCAAAGCGGCAGAACGGGAGAAGGCCUCAGAACUGUUCCCGGAAGACGGUCCUUCAAAUGCGGACUUAACAUUAGUCUCGGCGACGGCGGACGCGGCACACCCGCCGCCGCCGCCGCCGCGGUCCGGCGCACCGCCCGCGGCCCUCGCGAACCUCACGGCCGAACAAAAAGCGGCGAUCCGGCGCGCGGUGGCCAAUGCCACCACUCCAGCGGAAGUCGACGCGCUCGAGCGGCAGCUCAGGGCCGGCGUCAUCCCGGGCCUGGCGCCGCCGGGGCCGCCGCCGGGGCCGCCGCCCGGCGCGCCGCCGUCGGUGCCCUCGGUGCCGCCGCCGCCGCCCCCGUCGAUGCCGCCACCACCACCACCGCGCGCGGCGGCACCGCCGCCGCCGCCGCCGGCCGCGCCGGCCGCGCCGCCGCCGCCGCCGCCCGCGCCGCCCGCGGCCGCGCCCGCGCCGCCCGCGCCGCGGGCCUCGACGGGCGGCUUCUCGGAGCUCGGCGACGAGGCCGGCGCGCCCGCGCCGGCGCCGGCCGCGAUGGAGGUCGACGGGCCGUCGGCCGAGGACGUCGGGAAGAUGAAGGCGCGCGUCCGGCGCCCCUUGUCGUCGCUCGACCGCGCCCCUUCAAACUGGACGCGCUCGAAAACGCUUUCGAAAGAAGGCGCGGAGAUCUUUCGUAAACCACCCAGGUCACGGAGCUCCGCGCGGCGCUCGAGGCGCGGGGCCUGCCCACGGACGGGCUCAAGAAGGUCCUGAAGGAGCGGCUCCUCGGCGCGCUCGCCGGCGGCGAUGACGGCGAUGACGGCGCGGCGCCCGCCGCGCCGGAGCCCGAGCCCGCGCCCGCGCCGGCGGCGGCGAUGGACGUCGAGCCCGACGCGGCGCGGCCGGCGGCCGACGCGCUGACGGCGGCCGAGGUCGAGAAGAUGAAGGUCUACGACCUUAAGCUCGCGCUCGAGGCGCGGGGCCUGUCGACGGAGGGCCUGAAGAAGGUCCUCAAGGCGCGGCUGCUCGCGGCGCUCGGCUAG